GAGAGGAGAAGAGCAUCUCAUUCCCUACAAACCUGCAAACCCAGAGACAGAGCGCCUGAACCCUCACUCACUCGUCAGCCUGCGGUGGAGCAGGAUCACUGCGAGAUCAUCUCAUCUGUUCAUACAGUGAGGAACACCUGCGCGAACUAUGUGAAGGUUUCCUUUAGAGCAUCUUUGAUCAUGCUGUUCCCUGCCUCAAAGUCCGAUGUUAAAUCUGUUCUGGACGGAGUGGCAGAAACCACGUUCAGAACCAUCACUUCUGGACUGCAGUACAUCGGUUCGAACGACGUCGGCUACGACGACCACAUCAUCGACGGCGACUUCGGCAAGAGCGGAUACCCACUGCCGAAGCCGUUCGCAGCCUACCGCAGAAGCUCGUUCGCAGAUAAAGUGGGACCGGAUGAGGAGCUCAUCGUGAAAGGUAUCCCCUUUUACCCCACUAACAGCUCUGAUGUGUUUGGGAACUUUAGCCUCGGAGAUGAAGGGAGCAGCCUGCAGUGCGGGGAGAACUUUAUGGACAUGGAGUGUUUCAUGAUACUGACUCCUAGUCAGCAGCUCGCCAUAGCGGUGUUGUCUCUCACGCUGGGAACUUUUACGGUAUUGGAGAACCUCGUGGUCCUGUGCGUGAUACUGCAGUCACGCACCCUGCGUUGCAGGCCCUCGUACCACUUCAUUGGUAGCUUGGCCAUCGCAGACCUGCUGGGCAGCGUGAUCUUUGUCUACAGCUUCUUGGACUUCCACGUCUUUCACCGCAAAGACAGCCCGAACGUGUUUCUGUUCAAGUUAGGGGGCGUGACGGCCUCGUUCACCGCAUCCGUGGGAAGCCUGUUCCUCACCGCCAUCGACCGGUACGUCUCUAUCCACCGUCCGCUGGCGUACAGGCGUAUCGUGACGCGCACCAAAGCGGUGAUGGCCUUCUGCAUGAUGUGGGCGAUCUCCAUUAUCAUCGCCGUGCUGCCGCUGCUGGGCUGGAACUGCAAGCGGCUCAACUCGGUUUGCUCCGACAUCUUUCCGCUCAUCGACGAGAACUACCUGAUGUUCUGGAUCGGUGUGACCAGCGUUCUGGUCAUCUUCAUUAUCUACGCUUACAUGUACAUCCUCUGGAAGGCCCACCACCAUGCGGUGAGGAUGCUGAGGCGCACGUCUCAGAAGAGCCUGGUCGUCCACUCCUCCGACGGUACGAAGGUCCAGGCCCCCAGGCCGGAUCAGACUCGCAUGGACAUCCGCUUGGCCAAAACGCUGGUUCUGAUCCUGGUGGUGUUGGUGAUCUGCUGGGGGCCUCUUCUGGCCAUCAUGGUGUACGAUCUGUUCUGGCGGAUGGACGACAACAUUAAGACAGUGUUUGCGUUCUGUAGUAUGCUCACCCUGCUCAACUCCACCGUUAACCCAAUAAUCUAUGCUCUCAGGAGUAAAGACCUGCGGAGGGCCUUCCUCGCCACCUGCCAGGGCUGUAGGAGCACCUCCAGCACGUCCCUGCAGCUGGACAACAGCCUGGAGUCAGAUUGUCAGAGGCAUCAUCACAUCGCCGCCAACCGUGCGGCCGAGAGCUGCGUGAAGACCACUGUGAAAAUAGCCAAAUUGACAAUGUCCGUCUCAGCGGAGACGUCGGCCGAAGCUGUUUGAUUGUACCGCGGGGCGGAACGGGUGUCGUUCGGAUGCACCGCUUCUUAAAAGAAUGUCUGUUUAUGGAAAGUUACAUGCAAGUAUCCAUGCAUAAAGUUCAAAACACAAAGCUGCUUAAGUUACCACUGGUUUGAUGAAGUGUUUACUAUGACAUUUCAUCACUUAAGUGCCAAAUUAGAUUUUUUUUUUUUGUGUGUGUCUCAGAAGUAAGAGGUUCUCACCCAGUAAAUGAAUUUGUUGGGGCUUUUUUGUUGUUGUUGUUGUCAUUGUUUGCCCUUAUAUUUAAGUGUAACGUGUGGAUGUUGUGCGUGCUUUAUGAAAGUUUACUAUAUUUUUAUACUUUGAAUUUUUGGUUUUUGAACAAUGAUAUCUUCUCACAUGGGAAUAAGGGGCUAAUGAUCUUUUUAAUAAAACCAUGUAAGUAUGAAUUAAAAAAAAGAUAUAUAUACAUUGGUAUCUAUGUAAAUAUGUGUAGAACUCUGUGGUGAUGUAGUGUAUCCAACAUCAUCGUGAUAAACGACAAAAGAUAAGAGUCUCUCUGUUUUUGAGAUGUCUUGUUUUGCCAAUGAAAUAAAUGUUAUCAAAUUGAAAGUAUUAUAAGUGGAGCAAGUUCUGUCGCUCCUCAAGUACAUGACUAAUGAAAGCAAGAGGGCAUUUGUUUUGUUUGGUUAACAAAUGUAUUGAAUAUCUGGUCCGUUACAUGAUGCUUUAGUGUUAUUGUUGUGAGGAUCCGAAAAAAACAGGACUUUUUUCAACUAUUUUUUUUACAAGAUGGCCUGUAAUUGUGGUUUAUCGUCACAGAUAAUACAGUGACUGAAAUAACUGUGUUGGAUUUUAAUUUUGUCAUUCUGCUGAUGUAUUUCUCUGAGAUGUAAAGUAAAAUUCAUUUUACAAUAUGCACAAAGCCCAGAGGAAAGUUUGAAUUCUAAAAAUAAAUAUUUGUUCUUAAAAAUUUGUAUUUAUCAUGUAGUUAAUUAACAAACAAUUGAAAUGUACAUAUCAUGAUUGUUUAGUAAUAUUCCUUAAACCGUGAUAUGGUGUGGUGGUGCUUUCUGUUUGCACUGUUCAAAAGUAUAGGUACAUUUUAACUACCUUUACCUGAAAUGUAUCUACUUAAGUAUUAAAGCUUACAAAUCAUAAAACGUCACAGUGGCUUUUGUCCCAAAGUAGUUCUUGAAAGUCUGUCUCGAAGUGAUGUCUUAAAAUACAGAAGCUGCUUGCACACUUAUGUAUCACAGUUUAGUCCAUUUCAAGUUUUUGUUUUUUUAAUAAAGUCAGUACUGACCUAAACUGUG